CUGCCUGAGGAGGAGAGAGUAUAUUCAUUCCCACGUCCUCAUGGUUCUGUCGCUGCGCUUUUUUUUUUUUUCCACGUUUGGGAUAAACGCGCGAGCCAGCAGUCCAGGAGCGCUCUCUCUCUGCACAACCUCCUAGAGAAGCCAAGAUGCUAAACAACCUGACCGACAGCGAGGAAGGCGAUGGGGGACCCAACAGCCUGGAUGAUGUCACCCCUAAGGAAAGCAGCCCUUUCAUUGGCACUAGUGACACUCAGAAGGCCCAGCAGUAUGACAGCAAGAACAUGGCCCUGUUUGAGGAGGAAAUGGACACCAGCCCCAUGGUCUCCUCUCUUCUCAGCAGCCUGGCCAACUACUCCAACCUCCCUCAGGGCAGCAAGGAGCAUGAGGAGGCCGAGAACAACGAGGAGGCCGUCAAGAAGCCCAUCAAGGCUCCCCAGAUGGGCACCUUGAUGGGCGUCUACCUCCCCUGCCUGCAGAACAUUUUUGGGGUGAUCCUGUUCCUGAGGAUGACCUGGGUAGUGGGCAUUGGAGGGGUAAUAGGUUCCUUCAUCAUCGUUUUUAUGUGCUGCUCUACAACGAUGCUGACUGCCAUUUCCAUGAGUGCUAUUGCCACCAACGGAGUUGUGCCAGCUGGUGGCUCCUAUUACAUGAUCUCUCGUUCACUGGGGCCCGAGUUUGGGGGGGCCGUUGGCAUUUGUUUUUACCUGGGCACAACAUUUGCUGGGGCCAUGUACAUCCUGGGCUGCAUUGAGAUCUUGUUGAUUUACAUUGUGCCUCAGGCAGCUAUUUUUAAAAUCGAGGGCCUUGAGGGAGCUGAGGCAGAGGCGGCUCUGCUUAACAACAUGCGCAUUUAUGGCACCUGUGUCCUGAGCUUCAUGGCCCUGGUGGUUUUUGUCGGUGUCAAAUAUGUUAACAAGCUGGCCCUCGUUUUCCUGGCCUGUGUCAUUCUCUCAAUCAUCGCUGUCUAUUCUGGAGUCAUCAAGACAGCUAUUGAUCCGCCAGAUUUCCCAAUCUGCCUUUUGGGGAACCGUGCUCUGAUCAGAAAGGGCUUCGAUGUGUGUGCUAAAUUUAUUGAGAAAGAGAACGGCACAGUCACAACCAGACUUUGGAGGAUCUUCUGCGACUCUGAGUUCCUCAAUGCUACCUGUGAUGAUUAUUUCACUAACAACAAUGUGACAGAGGUUCAGGGCAUUCCAGGGAUCACCAGCGGUAUCCUGGCAGAGAACCUAUUUGGUAACUACAUGGACAAAGGUAUCAUCCUAAUGAAGAAAGGCAUCCCAUCUCUGACAAUCCCAGAUGCUCCUGUGACCAACGCCAACCGCUAUGUCUUGUCUGAUAUUACCAGCUUCUUCACUCUGUUAGUUGGGAUCUAUUUUCCAUCAGUCACAGGGAUCAUGGCCGGCUCCAACCGCUCAGGAGAUCUGCGGGAUGCUCAGAAGUCCAUCCCGAUAGGCACUAUCAUGGCCAUCGCCACCACGUCCACCGUCUACAUGUCCUGUGUGAUACUGUUUGGUGCCUGCAUCGAAGGAGUGGUACUGAGGGACAAAUUUGGUGAAGCAGUUAAUGGCAAUCUGGUGAUUGGAACACUGGCUUGGCCCUCACCAUGGGUGAUUGUGAUUGGCUCCUUCUUCUCAACCUGUGGGGCAGGUUUACAGAGUUUGACAGGGGCUCCCCGUCUCCUACAGGCCAUUGCUCGUGAUGGUAUUGUUCCUUUCCUCCGGGUCUUCGGUCAUGGCAAAGCGAACGGCGAGCCCACUUGGGCCUUGCUCCUCACUGCCUGCAUCUGUGAAAUUGGGAUCAUCAUCGCCUCCCUAGAUGCUGUCGCACCUAUCCUGUCAAUGUUCUUUCUGAUGUGCUACAUGUUCGUUAACUUGGCUUGUGCCCUGCAAACUCUGCUUCGUACCCCAAACUGGAGGCCACGCUUCAAGUACUACCACUGGGCGCUCUCCUUCCUGGGUAUGAGCUUAUGUCUGUCACUCAUGUUCAUUUGCUCCUGGUACUACGCCAUUGUUGCCAUGGUGAUUGCUGGCUGCAUUUACAAAUACAUCGAGUUCCGUGGAGCAGAGAAAGAGUGGGGAGAUGGAAUCCGCGGGCUGUCCCUCAGCGCGGCUCGCUUCGCGCUCAUGAGGCUGGAGGAGGGCCCACCCCAUACCAAGAACUGGCGGCCUCAGCUGCUGGUUCUGGUCAAUGUGGACGAGGAGCAGAACAUGGAGCAACCGCGGAUACUUUCCCUAACCAGCCAGCUUAAGGCAGGCAAGGGCCUAACCAUUGUAGGCACUGCACUUGAGGGAACGCUCCUCAACAACUACCCCCAGGCACAACGAGCAGAGCAGUCUUUGCGGAAGAUGAUGGAGAUGGAGAGGGUUAAGGGCUUCUGCAAGGCAGUCAUCUCCUCCAACAUCCGUGACGCCACAUCCCAGAUAAUCCAAGCAGUAGGGCUGGGAGGCCUUCGACACAAUACUGUGCUGGUGAACUGGCCUCAGAACUGGAAGCAGUCUGAAAACCACCAACCCUGGAGAAACUUUAUUGAGCUGGUGAGGGAGACCACUGCAGCCCAUCUCGCUCUCCUGGUGACAAAAAACAUCUGUGCUUUCCCGUCUAAUGGGGAACGCUUCACUGAGGGAUUCAUUGACGUCUGGUGGAUCGUCCAUGAUGGUGGCAUGCUCAUGUUGUUGCCCUUUCUCCUACGCCAGCACAAGGUCUGGAAAAAGUGCAAGAUGCGCAUUUUUACUGUGGCCCAAAUGGAUGACAACAGCAUUCAGAUGAGGAAUGAUCUUAUUACCUUCCUAUAUCAUCUCCGUAUUGAUGCUGCAGUGGAAGUGGUGGAGAUGCAAGACAGUGAUAUAUCAGCCUACACAUAUGAGAAGACUCUUGUGAUGGAGCAGCGGUCACAGAUCCUCAAAGAGAUGCAUCUGACAAAAACUGAGCGUGAAAGAGAAAUCCAGAGCAUCACAGAUGUUUCUCGGGGAUCCAUUCGUCGCAAGAACCCAGCCGGUGUAGGUGCCCAGCCAGGCGGGAAGGAGGAGAAGCCCAUGGCCAGCAAUGAAAAACCAGAGGAGGAGAUGCAUCUUAUUGACAACAAGAAUUCCACACUGACCCCAACCAGCCCAGUGUCCCCUGCUGAGGGCCCUGAAGCCUCAGGAGACAAGGGGCACAUGACAUGGGCAGAGAAAUGUGAUGGACUCAAGGACCAGCCACCAGCAAACGUCUCGGCGGGAAUCAAGGACAUCUUCAACAUGAAGCCAGAAUGGGAGAAUCUGAACCAGUCCAAUGUGAGACGUAUGCACACUGCACUCAAACUGAAUGAAGUCAUUGUGAAUAAGUCCAAAGCAGCAAAGCUUGUUCUGCUUAAUAUGCCUGGUCCACCCAAGAACCGUACAGGUGAGGAGAACUACAUGGAGUUCCUCGAGGUCCUGACUGAAGGCUUAAAUCGAGUCCUCCUUGUGCGUGGUGGUGGACGCGAGGUCAUCACCAUUUACUCCUGAGUCAUGUGACUUACCACUGCCCCUAGCUUUCGCACAGAUGGGGCCUGAGUUCUAAUGGACACUAUCCAUACCAUAGCAAUAGUCCUCUUACCCCUAUCCUCAUACGCCAAAUGACUUUGCACUAAAUAUCUACCCCUUAUAUGCACCAUUACGUUAAGAAAAAACACCUUGUCCGAAUUAAUUUUUGUUUUCAGCGUAAGUGAAGAUCUGGCUGUUAAACUGCUGUUUAGUGUUGCUCACUUAGUUUACUCACAUGCUUAUGAUUACCCAGCAUCUGUCUGUCUUACACAAAUACCACCGCAAUCUCGUCUAACACAAGUAAUGUUUCCUUCUUUAAGAAACUAUCUAGCUAUUCUUGGUUUUUACUAUUACUAUUGCUAAAGGUGAGAAUACAGAAGGAUAGCACCAGGCAGAGCUAUAGGGUUAUUAAAAGGCAAUGCGUCCUUGGCUAAACUGAAUUGAUUUCUGGGGUAAGAUUAGGUUAGGUUUUGUUGGCCGAUCUGUGAAUACAAUGGCCACCAGUUAAUUGUGGGUAACAGCUGCAAUGGAGAUGCAGCUAGAGUGGAUAGUUUCACAACUAGAGAUAUUUGAAACAAGGUUUUGAAAAUCUCUGCCUGAAGAAAGACCUUUUGGCUGUAUACAAUAAUCCAGCCUGUGAGUUCCAUGUGCAGCAUCUCUCCGCAUCCUGUGGCGGUUUGUUCCUCCAAGUGCCAAACAGACCAGUGUAUACAUGGUGCCCAGCAAAGGGUGCUGUUGGUCUGAAUUCUUACUGUGCCCCUGCAGGAAUGAAAAGGCAGUUUGUUGUGGCAUUUUUGUGGGUUGCAUCUACACCCUUUGCUCCACUGACUAUGCAGGGUGUUGGAUAAAUAAGGGGAUUUUCCUGCAUGGUUCAUUUUUCCGAAUUCAAGUGUCACUGCAGGUUGGAGACUAGUAGGUAUUUAUAGAAACCUGUGGUGGAGAGAAAGCGCCGAAAUAUCGGAAGGAAGUUGAGUUUGCAUUUAUAUGGUACAUGAUACAUCGUGGUGUCUCCGCUAAACAUUAGCAUAGAGUAUUCUUUGCUUUCAGUAUGUUAUUUUAGAUAAUGAACAUACCCAUCCUAGAGAGUCAAUUGAAACACUUCAAGCUGAAUACCUGAGCAAAGUUUGAAAUUGAGGCCACAGUGCAGUUUGCACUUGGCCACCUUUAUGCGGCAAUGCUUUUCUCACCAUGAAUUAUACAAUGUGUUUGCGAUACUGUAUAAUCAAAUGCUCUUUUGCAAUAUUGACAAUGACAAUGAUGUACAAUUAUACUGCUUUCUAAAU